AUGAAUUCAAUAAAUCCCGGUGACAAAUUUACAGAUUAUGAUCAUGGACAUUUCAACGAUACUGUUGGAUAUUAUAACACAGAGCCAUUAUCAAUUCAAUAUCAACCAAAUCAUUCGUAUACAAUGAGAUCAGAGAGAAGAAUAGUAUCACCUGGAAGUUUGGAUAGAAGAUAUCCACAGGAAUAUGAACAAUAUUAUUCAUCACCUGAAGCACGACGUGUACAAACAAUGAGAUAUACAGAUUAUCCAACAAGACCUCGUGUUUAUCAACCAACAUAUCAAGCCGCAACUAUGUCAUUUAAUGAAUUUGAUCAUCAUUAUAAUAAUGGUGGUACAUUAAAACCGCGUAAACCAAAAAUUAUUACAGAACGAUAUAAAUGUAGUGAAGUAUAUAAUUGGCCACCGAAAUUUCCAAAAUUAAAACGACAUAAAACUAAUCCACCAAAACAAAUACAUACUGCACAAGAUCAUAUUGUAAUUAAACAACAAUUAAAAACUACAGCAGGAAAUAAUUAUUCAUCUACAGUUCAACAAACAGAACCAAAUACAGAACAAAUACAUUGUACUAAGAUAAACAAUCAAUAUCAAUCACCAAAUUGCAAACGAGAAUUAAGUGUUUCGCCAGAACGACAAGUAACUAGUCUUCAUUCAUUACAAAGAUCGACUCUGUUAGAAAAAUCUAAUCGAACACCGGGCACAGAGACACGUGAUCAGUUAUUUAUAGCAGAUUACAAACUAACACCAAACAAUCAGAUUGGAUCCACAAAACCUGAUGCAUUAGCUUUACCAUAUUUUGCUAAAAUGACAGAAAAUAAACGAUUUUCAAAAUUCCACUAUAAUACUACUACUAGUACUACUACUACUACUAAUAAUAAUAAUAACAAUAUUGCUAUGUCUGCUGAAGUAAUGCGUUCCGAUUCACCAAAAUCAUUAGCUUCAUUGAUAGAUGCAUUGAAAACUAUACAUCCAUUACUUUAUAAUUUAAAUGAGAAUCAUAUCCCUUUAUCAUUAACCGAUCAUGAUAACAAUGAAAACUCGAAAUUAUUCAUUCAUUGUUUAUCAGAAUAUUUAUUCACAUGUAUGAAAUUACGUUCAUUAGAUUUAAAAGGUGAAUUUGUUACAUUCUUAUUUCCAUUAAAACAUUUCAAUGAACAAUUAUGGAAUAAAUAUGGUACAAUUGAUGAUUGGAAUGAAUUAUCUGUUGUUUGUGAACCGAAUACAAACUAUGAAUAUGUUGUAUUGAAUACAGCCAACGAAUCUUCACAAAAAAUCAGAUUCCCUAAAAAAACAAUCGAUAAACUAUUAACAAAUUGGUUAGAUAAUCAAACUACAAAAACACCUUCACCAGGAAAUCGACAUUCAUUGGAAAGCAAAAAUAAUACAGAGAAACAUUCAGAUGAUAAAUUACUUCAUUCAAUUUGUUUAGCUGUAACCUUGAAAACGUUGUUAAAUUUAUUUGAAAAACAUGAAAAAGUAGAAAGUGAUGAACAUCAUCCUCAUCAAGAACAACAACCACAACCAUGUGUAGAUCUAUUUCUAACUUGUAUUAAACUUAAUGUACUACUAAGUUUAAGUGAAUGUUUAGAUAAAAAUAAAUCAAUCCAAUUGAACUUAACACCAGAAAAUAUUUUACUUAUAUUAACACCAUCUAAUUGUUUAACAAUAUUUAAACAUUAUGAAAAAAUACAAAAUAAUAAACAAAAUGAGAAACCAGCUAAUAUUGAUAAUGAUAAUCAUAAUGAGACUCAUGAUCUACAAUCAUUAUUAACAAUAAUGAAUAUUCAAUAUGAUUCAAUGAAUGAAAGUAUCAAUGAUUUAAUAAAACAAUUAUAUGAAAUUAUACAACAUAAAUAUCACUAUUCAGAUAUGAUUACAUCAUUAUUGAAAUCAGUUGCACCACCAGAUUGGAUAACAAUGUGUGUAGCUAGAAUAUGUUUAUAUAAUCAAACAAAUUCAUAGAAAUUCAAUUCAAUGUUAAUGUCAUGAUUAUAUACUUUCUCAUAUUUAUAAUAAAUCAAUAAAUAUCCCUUAAACACACUUUCAUCUAUAACAACC